CAAUUGAAUGUGAUAUUUGUGUUUGAAGGACGACUGUAGUGUUGUGUAGUAUGAUUUCGCAAUUAAAAUAAUACAAAAUGGAGGACGUUUAUACAAUUAAAGUGAGAACUAAGCCUGAUACGAGGAAUUUGUACCCUUCUGAGCGGAGAUAUUCGGCAUCUACAGUAUCAGGGCUAGCCUGGGUGCAUUUAGCUCUAGCUGCAACAUCCUUUCUUCUAGCUUGUUUAGCUUUAGUCAACCCACACUCCGGGAUAAAGCGAAUGACUUUAAAUGACACGGAAGAGCGAACUGUAAACAAAAGUGAGCUGAUAUUUAAUUUAACAGAAUCCGUUGACGAAAAUGAAUUUGAAAACAUAACAAAUGAAGUGCCUUAUGAUACACAUGAAAGCAGCUAUAUUUUAGUGCUAGCACCAACUUUAAUAACAGUUUUCGCAACGGCCGCAGGCAUCGCCUCCAUCAUGGCUUCAGUAAGAUGGUACAUAGACCAUAAUAUAACCUGGUUGUUCAUAAUGUCUGUAUUAUCGACGGUUUUCGCAUUUGUAUCGUUCACAAUGAUCAUUGUCUGGUUUGUGACAACAUCGAAUACGGAUUUUUCGGAAUUUUACAAAGAUAAAAUACCAUUUAAAGAUCAGUUGGUUGUAAGACACAGUGAUGUGUUAGUUAAAAAUGAAACGCAUUUGGUUAUUGCUUUAAAUCCGCCAAAAGAUGAUGAUGAAGAGGCAUAUGUGUUUACAAAACGAGUUCUAUCAAUAAAUAUCAUGAUAGCUGCUUUCCUAGAGCUUCUCUGGUCGAUUUUAAGUGUCAAAAUAUCUUUUAAAGGCAUGAAAACCAAUUAUAAAGAUGAUACUGAACCGAGGAGCAACUGUAUUUCAGUAGUAACCACAAUAAAAGGGAACAAUACAAAGAAACUGCCAAGAAAUGCAAAGCUACUCCCUCCCAAGCCAGAUCUGAUCGAGCACUAUCCAAGCAGGAAGAUAAAAAAGAUAUUCUUAGCGCAAAGCGAUAACGGUUUCUAUUUAAAAGAUCAGAAUCUAAAAAAACAAGACGAUACAAGUUCCGAAUUGUACAAGGAAAGAAUGAUGAACUUUUUGAAUCGCUGCGCUCCCUCGGAAGUGUCCAAUCCGGAACCGACUCCCAGUGUCCAAUCCGAAGCUUUGAAUACCAUACAGGAAGUUACUAAUGUUCAAAUAAAUGAACGGGCCACGCCAGUAAGCUGGGGAGACACGCCGGACCACACGAUUUACAACCAAAACAAUAUUAACUUUGAAAAGAUUUUUAAUUUCGUAAAAGAGAAUACAGAAGAAACGAAUGAAAAUGUGCAAUAAAACAG